AUGAAGCUCACGGGUGCUCUCGUGUUGCUUGGGGCUGCCCUGCUCCUGACCUCUGGGGGAAAUUGUGGCAUUUGCCCAGCUAUAAAUAAGGACCUUGAUCUUUUUCUUGGCGGAUCUGUGUCUGAAUAUGUGAGUUACGUGAGCCAGUACAAUAAUGAAUCUGCCGUAUUGGAAACUGCUGAAUUUCUGAAGACAUGUGUCGAUGACAAGUUGACAGAGGAAGACAAGGAGAAUGCAAGGAGUUUGGUGGCAAAAAUAGAAGCUUACCCUCUCUGUUGAUGAUUCCAUCUUUGCCAGAAAACUCAGGAAGCCACUUGUCUGCUCACCUGCAUAGAUGCGCCAAGCCCUACCCCUACC